UAUGCCGCCGCUGCCCUGACUGCAGCGCUUCCUUUCGCUGCUGCGCAGACCUACACGGACUGCAACCCCCUCAACAAGACCUGCCCUGCGGAUACGGCCAUGAGCUCCACGACCUUCAGCACUGAUUUCAGAACGGGCUCUUUCGAUGGCUGGCUUGCUACCGCUGAAAAUGUUACCUUCACCUCGGAGGGUGCUGAGUUUAUCAUCAACGAGGAGGGCGUGGCUCCCACCAUCGAGACCGACUUCUACUUCUUCUUCGGUAAGGCCGAAGUUGUGAUGAAGGCUGCCAACGGCACCGGUAUCUGCAGCAGUAUCGUGCUCGAGUCGGACGACCUCGACGAGAUUGACUGGGAGGCUCUGGGUGGUGAUACCACUCAGAUUGAGACCAACUACUUCGGCAAGGGUGACACUUCCUCCUACGACCGUGCCACCUGGGCGACCGUGUCCACCCCCCAGGACACCUUCCACACCUACACUGUCGAGUGGACCGAGGAGACCACCACCUGGAGCAUUGAUGGCACUGUCGUGCGCACCCUCGAGUACAGCGAUGCCGAGAGCGGCACCCGCUACCCCCAGACCCCCAUGCGCCUGAAGCUCGGUGUCUGGGCUGCUGGCGACCCGUCUGAGGCUGCUGGCACCAUCGAGUGGGCCGGUGGUGAGACCAACUUCGCCGAUGUCCCCUUCAUCAUGGUUGUCCAGUCCGUGGCCAUCACCAACUACAACCCUGGCUGCUCCUACACCUACUCCGACGAGAGCGGUGACUACACCAGCAUUGUCGUGAACAACGGCACUUGCAGCUCCAGCUCCGGCUCCGGCUCUACCUCCAGCUCCAGCUCCACCAGCGCUGCCGCCGCCAGCUCCUCCGGUGCCCUCAUCAACACUGGUUCCAAC